UUUGUAUAUUUAUUUUUCGAAUGAACUGAAUGCACAGGAAACUGAUCUGACGAACAACAGCUAAGUAAGAAACGUGGAACCUCAUUUAAUAAUCACCUCCCUUUUGGGGUGUGAUACUCUAAGAGGCAAUGUGGGCAUCUCCUGGGUUCUAACUUUGGUUGUAUUAGAAUCACUUGGGGAACUCGGUAAAAAAAACACGGAGGCCCAGGUCCUACCCUCCUUCAAUGAGCCUCGGCCUCUGAUCUUUACCAGCUUUCAGGUGAUUCUGAUACCAGAGUUUGAGAAUCGCUGCCCUAGAAGACGACGGCUAAAAAUAGCUUAGGCUUAAGUAGUCCCAGGCCAAGCCGCGCAGUUAACAACACCCGGGGGCAGGCCCAGUCCGCCCACCGCAGGAAGGAGCCUUCAAAAGGUCCUUAAGAGGAAGCAGAGUCUUCAGCUUCUCAGAGGAAAGGCUUGAUGAUCCAAAAAGUCACUCACAGUGGUCAGGAGAGCUGAAUUUUAAUCCUCUGAACAAAACACUGUGUAACCUUGGACCAGUGCUCGGCCCAUGGUAUUUCUACCUGUCUGCACUACGGAGUUAAAAAUUACACAAUGCUUGUACGGGCGCUGCAAGAACGAGGGCCCAAAUGGUGGAGCCAAGAACAUCUUACACCUUUCAGAAUUUGGAGUAGUGCUGAAAGGGCUGUUAGCUACGUCCAGUCCUCCACCCACCUGGGCUAGUGGCCCUCCUCAUCACGGCUCACAGGGAUGUGUCUUCUCUCAGAAGUGUGCCAUUAGGUUCAGGACUGUACUUACCCUCCUGAAGUUUACCAGCAGGAUGACUGGUUUGGUUUUGUGUGAACCAACAGAGCUUUACAACAUCUUGAAUCAGGUCACAAAACUAUCCAGAUUAACUGAACCCAACUAUCUCUGUUUAUUGGAUGUGCGUUCCAAACGGGAGUAUGAUGAAAGCCAUGUGAUUACAGCCCGUCUUGUGAAGAAGAGGGCAGGUGAAUAUCUUAUCCCGGAUUCUGUGGAUCUGGAGUGUGUGGAAUACUGUGUGGUGUAUGAUAACAACACCAGCUCCCUGAAGGUAACCCUAAAAGGUGACGAUGAUGACAGCUCUGAUGAAGGCGAUCAAGGAGUUGUGCUUGGAGCUGCCGUUGAGUGUGGCAGAACCCUGACUCACCUCUCCCGCCACCCCAUCCGCAUCCUGAGAGGAGGCUAUGAGAGCUUCUCGGCCAAGUACCACUUCAUCCGGACACGGAAGGUCAUCUGGAUGCCGCAGGAACUGGAUGCCUUCCAGCCGUACCCUGUUGAGAUAAUGCCAGGCAGGAUCUACCUGGGAAAUUUCAGGCAAGCCUGCGACCCUAAAAUUCAGAAGGAUUUGAAAAUCAAAGCACAUGUCAACGUCUCCAUGGAGACAGGGCCAUUUUUUGUAGGUGAUGCCGACAAGCUCCUGCACAUCCAGAUAGAAGAUUCCCUCGAAGCCAACAUUACACCCUUUUUACGCCACCUCUGUCACUUCAUUGAAGUUCACCUGGAGCUUGGCUCUGUCAUCCUGGUCUUUUCCACCAUGGGCAUCAGUCGCAGCUGUGCGGCCAUCUUGGCCUACCUUAUGCACCGAAAUGAGCAGACCCUGAAGAGGUCCUGGGCCUACGUCAAGAAGUGUAAAACCAACAUGCGUCCAAAUCGGGCUUUGGUGGCUCAGCUGUCAGAGUGGGAGAAGGUUGUCCUUGGAGACAUCGUCACAGACAUCUUGGAUCCACUCUACUGAUUUUCUCUGUGGCCCAGCUGUGGGUCCAGAAGAAGCUGAUUUGGGAGCUUUUUGUGGGUAGAGUGGGCCAGGGUGUGUAACCAGGAAUGAGAAGGCCUUUGCUGCCUGGAG